AUGAGCAGCCACAAAGCACCGUCACGGCUAUCGGCCGGGUCAAGUGCAGCCUUAUUCCUGUUUCUCAUUUUCGCCCUUUUGACGUUCGGCGCAUCGGCCAGCACAAAUUCCGAAGGCAGCACAUCAAAAAAAGGAGAAAAGAGCGACUUGAUCUGCCAUACAGAGAAUCCAUCCGAUUGCUAUCCCAGAGUGUUUGAGCCAACGGAUGAGUUCCAGACGGUCCAUGAGGACCAGGAGAUACCGCCAGGGCUACAUGUCAGGCUGGACGUGAACACGGGAAAGAGGGAGGCAAAGAUCAACGACCCGAACGAGGCGGAUCCCGCGCUCGAGGGUCUACCGGUGGAUUCGUCGGUGGUGGUUAUCGAAGGGCAGGAAGAUUUGGACGCGGAAAGCAAACCACAGAUCCCAAAAGGCGCGCCCAAGUAUGAGUCCGUCGGGAAGAUCAAGGAGCCACAGGACGAGAAGCAGUCUUUCCGCGACUCCCUGACGGUUCUCAAGACCCUCGCGCUCAACGACCGGCCGAUCGGCGCGGCCCUGGACAUUCUGGACGACAUCUCACACGACAUCUACUACGGUCUCAAGAUCGCCGAGGACACGGGCGCGAUCAAGGAGCUUCUGUGUAUGAUGAGUUCGCAGGACGUCUUCUCAAAGAACGGGGAGGACGAGGUGGUCAAGCAGGCGGGCCUGGCGGCCUCGAUCGUCGGGUCGUCCCUGCAGAACAACCAGAAGGCGCUCCAAGAGGUCGAGAGCGCCUGGGACGACAUCAGCAAGACGGAAUGUGCCGGCACAGACAGGGAACUCAGCAAGGCAGUCUUCAACAUGCUGACUCCGGAUAUGUCCGCGGGCGAGGCCGCCACCGGGGCCGAGGCCAGCCUCCUGAGCCUCACGAAAGCCAAGACGGCGGCGCUGAGGGGCCUGAUCAAGAGCCCGGUCAUCCGGGACGACUUCCUCGCGAACGGCGGCAUGGCGCAGAUUCUCGAGGUCCUGUCCAUCGAGAGGCCCGAGCUGGUGCCCGCGAAGCAGAAGCUCGCGAACCUGGUGUUGGACAACUUCCUGGACGAGAGCAUGGGCGCCACCCUGGGCGUCUGGCCGAGGCCGGGAGAGGUCGACCACAAGUGGGACUACAAGCUCAAGACCCUCGCGAAGCUGCACAAGGCGGACAAGGACCACUGGAGCGCGGAGCUGUGGAAGCGUCUGCAGGAGCAGAGGAAGGCAGAGAGGGCGCAGGCUGGGAGCUCGCGUAGCGAGUUGUAG